CCUUAUCACACCAAACCAAACGCUCUUCAGGCUACAGCCACAUAUUUGUGUUUACAAUUAAAUUAUUUAAACUUACACAAAAUUCGCAACUCAGUAAGCCGCAGGCACAACACACACCAAAGACUAGAGAGCAGCGAAAAGCCGAGAAAUGGCGGAGGAGGUGAGCAACAAGCAGAUCAUAUUGAAGGAUUACGUUACGGGUUUCCCUACUGAGUCCGAUAUGAUUCUCACAACAUCCACUGUCAAGCUAAAGAUCCCUGAUGAUUGCAGCGACGCCGUUUUGGUGAAAAAUCUCUACUUGUCCUGUGACCCUUACAUGCGGUCUCGCAUGCGGGAUCUUAAAGAAAACUAUAUUGAAUGUUUUUCCCCAGGAUCUACGAUAACGGGAUUAGGAGUAGCCAAAAUUGUGGAUUCUUCGAGUCCUAAAUUCAAGAAGGGUGACUUGGUUUGGGGCAUGACAGGCUGGGAGGAGUACAGCCUUAUAAAGUCCACUGAUGGUCUAUUUAAGAUUGAUCAUACAGAUGUGCCACUUUCUUAUUAUACGGGUAUUCUUGGGAUGCCUGGCAUGACUGCUUAUACUGGUUUUUAUGAGAUUUGCUCUCCAAAAAAAGGAGAAACUGUCUUCAUUUCUGCUGCAUCUGGAGCCGUUGGUCAGCUUGUUGGCCAGUUUGCAAAGUUGUUGGGUUGUUACGUUGUUGGAAGUGCUGGAAGCAAAGAUAAGGUGGAUCUUUUGAAGAAUAAAUUUGGUUUUGAUGAUGCAUUCAACUACAAAGAGGAAGCUGAUCUAAAUGCGGCUCUAAAGAGGUACUUCCCGAAUGGCAUCGAUAUUUACUUUGAAAACGUGGGAGGCGAAAUGCUCGAGGCCGUCCUAGAAAACAUGAGACUCCAUGGCCGCAUAGCAGUUUGUGGGAUGAUAUCUCAAUACAACCUUGAAGACCCACAAGGAAUACACAACUUGUUCAUGCUUAUAACCAAGCGUAUACGCGUGGAGGGUUUUUUAGUUGUCGAGUUCUACCACCUCUACCCCAAGUAUUUGGAAAUGGUGUUGCCACUAAUAAAAGAUGGGAAAUUAUACUACGUGGAGGAUUUUGCUGUAGGCAUUGAGAGUGCACCGAGUGCUCUUGUAGGGCUGUUCUCGGGUCGCAAUGUAGGGAAGCAGUUCGACAUUCUAAACCCUAAUUCCCUAAUUCGAGAAGCAGAAGAAAAAAUCAGAGCUCAAAAAUUUGAGAGAGUCAUGUCUUCUUGUUCGCAAGGUUCGUCAUCGAACAUUUUAUGCCUUUGCGGCUUCCCAGCGAAGCUAAGGGCUUCAAAAACAAGCUCAAAUCCUGGAAGAAAGUUCUAUGGCUGUAGAGAUUGGAGGCCGGAUGGAGCGGGGGGAUGCCCUUUUUUUUUCAUGGUACGACACAACUGA